AUGUGCAAACUUUUGGAAACGGAGUCGAAAUUUAAUUUUGAUGAAAAGUGCAUCAAGGCAUUUGAAGAGUUGAAGUUGAAACUGACUUCAGCCCCUAUUGUUGUGUCUCCGGAUCGGUCUCUACCUUUCGAAUUGAUGUGUGAUGCUAGUGGUCUUGCUAUUGGUGUUAUGCUUGGUCAGAGGAUCAACAAAAUCUUGCACCCAAUUUAUUAUGCAAGCAAAAUGCUGAAUGGAGCUCAAAUGAAUUAUACAGUGACAGAGCAAGAGCUACUUGCUAUUGUCUAUGCUUUCGAAAAGUUUUGGGCCUAUUUGUUGGGUGCCAAGGUAGUGGUUCACACUGACCAUGCUGCCUUGCGGUAUUUGAUGGCUAAAAAGGAUGCUAAGCCACGGUUGAUUAGAUGGGUGUUGUUGCUACAAGAAUUUGACUUUGAAGUCAAAGACCGAAAAGGGAGACCGACUGAUGUGCUAGAUAUUGAUGACACUUUUCCGGAUGAAAGAGUAUUGGCGGUUUCCAGUGAUGUGGCACUAUGGUUUGCCGAUAUUGCCAAUUAUUUGGCAACCGACAUUGUUCCUGAAGUUUUGAAGGCAUCUCAAAAGAAGAAGUCUUUAGAGAUUGCCGACAACAAUAUUAUCAGAAGAUGUGUGGCUGAUUCUGAUGUGAUGGAAAUCUUAAAAUCUUGUCACGACUCUCCGCACCAAUGCACCAUAGGUCAGAAGCAUGAGACACCGAUGAAUUUUGUGCUUAAGGUGAAGCUCUUUGAUGUGUGGGGCAUUGAUUUUAUGGGACUAUUUGUGAGCUCAUAUGGCCUGAAAUAUAUUCUUAUUGCUGUGGAUUAUAUUUGGCCUCCUAGAGCCAUUAUUAGUGAUGGUGGUUCUCAAUUCUGCAACAAACCAUUCGCUGAUCUUUUUGAAAAAUAUGGCGUGCAUCAUAGGGUUGCCACUCCAUAUCAUCCUCAGACGAGUGGUCAGGUUGAAAUCUCCAAUCGAGAGAUAAAGAGCAUCUUGGCAAUGACAGUCAAUGUGAAUCCCACUGACUGGUCCAAAAAGUUAGAUGCUCUAUGGGCAUAUCGUACAGCUUUCAAAACCCUUAUUGGGACUUCACCAUAUAAUCUGGUAUUUGGGAAGGCAUGUUAUUUGCCUAUUGAGCUUGAGCAUAAAGCCAUUUGGGCAUUGAAAAAGUUGAACAUGGAUUGCAAUGAAGCAACCAUGCUGAGGUUGUUUCAAAUCAACGAGAUGGAUGAAUUUAGGUACAACGCCUAUGAAAGUGCAACAUUGUACAAAGAAAAUAUAAAAUACUAUAAUGACUCGAAGAUCCUCAAAAGGGAUUUUCAGCCAAAGGAUUUAGGGUUGUUGUACAAUUCGCGCCUGAAGUUCUUUCCAGGAAAGCUCAAGUCUCGAUGGUCCGGUCCGUUUGAAAUUGUCACUGUUUCCCCAAAUGGAAGCGUCAUUGAAGUGAAAACCGAGGAUGGCACUCGGAUUUUUAAGGUAAAUGCGCAGAGGGUGAAGCACUAUCACUGGUGCAUUGAUGAUGGCAAAGUGGUUGAUAGGUAUCGUUUAAAACAUGGUUCCUGA